AAUUAAACUAAAAUUACAAUUGAGAAGUUAUUUAUUAGUAUCAUUUCAUCACAUGUGCACAAGUCUAUAAGACAUUAAGAAUGAUGAAAAAUAGAUUAUAAAAAGACUGUGAAAUGAGAACCCGCAGACAGCUAAUUCUACUAGUACUAAAAAAUUCGUUGAUGAACCAACAAGCGCGCACAGCAGCAACACUACCAGCACCACCAACUCCAUCAUCACUUUUCUUCUUCUCCUCCUCUCGUCGUCCUACUACUAUCCAAUACACCAGAUCUCGUUCUUACUCCUCCAACAUCACAAUGUCCGGAAGUGGAAGUGGAAGUGCAAACCCUGAUCUUGAUUCUCUCUUUCAACAGAAACGAAUUCUUAGAACCAAAGUCAAGAAAGAUCUCAAAUCGAUGCCUUCUUCUCAGAAAUCUCAAGAAGAUACUGCUAUACAGAAUCUUGUACUGGAAUCUUCGUGGUUUAAAUCCAGUAAGAGGCUGUGUGCGUAUAUAAGCUGUACUCCCUUACGAGAAGUAGAAACUUCACAGAUUCUUGAGCAAAUCUUGUCUCAUCCACCUAAAGAUCAAGAUAAUCACACCGAGAUAGAGAAGAAGCUAUAUGUUCCAAGGGUGGAGGAUAAGAAUUGUCAUAUGAGAAUGUUCAACAUCUCAAGCAUUCAUGACCUAAUAGCGAACUCGAUGAACAUUUUGGAACCAGCACCAGAAGAUUCUGAUGGAAAUCAGCGUGAAGAUGUUAUGCAGGCAAGUGAUCCAGUUGACCUGUUCCUCCUGCCUGGACUUGCUUUUGAUAAAUCAGGAAGACGAUUGGGUCGUGGUGGAGGGUAUUACGACACGUUUCUGCUGAAAUAUCAAGCACUUGCUUCCGAACGGCAGUGGAAACAACCUCUCCUAGUUGCUUUGUCUUACUCUCGCCAAAUCUUGGAUGAGGGGAUCAUCCCUAUGACACCCCAUGAUGUACUUGUAGAUGCUCUAGUAACAUCAUCUGGUGUAAUUCCUAUCAGUAAGACAGCAUUGGAGCGGAUGUGAAGCGAAUGAUGGUUAACUGAUUUCAUGCUCUAUUUUUUAGCAAUGUUUUCCAAUUCAUAUCAUUUUCUUUGUUUGCAUUGUUGCUUUCGCAGUCAGUCGAAUACUUCCAAGAUAAAUGAUAACAGAAUUUUAAAACUCACUA